UUCUGACAUGACCCACAGACCAGGCAUUAACUUUAGAAUCCGUUGUUCAACAUUUUGCAUCUUUGACACUAACCAAUUACCAUCAUUCUAUGGAAUAGUGAACUCUUUAUAGACAAUCCAUUUAAUCCCUGUCAAAACUGCACCAAAAACUGAGCUUUGGCCGGCCCGCCAUCCAGCAAAUGCCAGAACAAGGUUGACAGCAGUGCAGAAAAUGAAAUGGUAUUGCUAGGUGAAAAAAAAAACUGAAAAUGAGAAAACGUGAAAGUUGUUUAGCUUCAGCUUUUGUUGUUUUUGUUGUUGCUGUUUGUUGUCUGAAUGUGAAAUCAGUUAAAGGAGUGCACGUGAAGUACAACACCGGAGCUGGGAUUGUUCCCGGAAAGCUGAACGUUCAUCUGGUCCCACAUUCACAUGAUGAUGUUGGCUGGUUGAAGACUGUUGAUCAGUACUAUGUUGGAUCAAACAACAGCAUUCAGGGUGCUUGUGUUCAGAAUGUGCUGGACUCAGUUGUUGAUGCAUUGCUUCGCGAUUCAAAUAGGAAGUUUGUGUUUGCUGAGAUGGCUUUUUUCCAAAGAUGGUGGAGAGAACAAAGUCUGGAAAUACAAGAACAAGUGAAAAAACUAGCAGAUGCUGGUCGAUUGGAAUUCAUUAAUGGUGGUUGGUGUAUGCAUGAUGAAGCCACAACACAUUACAUAGACAUGAUUGAUCAAUCAACUUUAGGUCAUCGCUUGAUAAAGGAGCAAUUCAACAAGGUUCCUCGUGCUGGGUGGCAAAUUGAUCCUUUUGGUCAUUCUGCUGUGCAAGGUUACCUGCUUGGUGCUGAGCUAGGUUUUGAUUCAGUGCAUUUUGCAAGAGUUGAUUAUCAGGAUAGAGCACAACGCAAGAAUGAUAAAUCUCUGGAGGUUAUAUGGAGGGGGUCCAAAACUUUUGGAUCUUCAUCUCAGAUUUUUGCCAAUGCUUUUCCUGUUCAUUAUAGUCCACCUAAUGGUUUCCAUUUUGAAGUGGAUGAUUCUGACUUGCCUGUCCAGGAUAAUCCUCUUCUAUUUGAUUACAAUGUCGAACAGCGGGUUAAUGAUUUUAUUAAUGCUGCAAUGACCCAAGCAAAUGUGACAAGGACAAACCAUAUUAUGUGGACAAUGGGAGAUGAUUUCCAGUACCAGUAUGCUGAAUCUUGGUUCAGGCAGAUGGACAAAUUGAUUCACUAUGUUAACAAGGAUGGUCGAGUGAAUGCCUUGUAUUCUACACCAUCCAUCUAUACUGAUGCAAAACAUGCUGCAAACGAAUCAUGGCCACUUAAAACUGAUGACUAUUUUCCUUAUGCAGACAGCCGAAAUGCUUAUUGGACUGGAUAUUUCACAAGUCGGCCAGCCUUGAAACGAUAUGUUCGGGUGCUUAGUGGAUAUUUUUUGGCGGCAAGACAACUUGAAUUCUUGGUGGGCAAGAGAUCCAAUGGUCCCAAUACUUUUAGUUUGGGAGAUGCACUAGGUAUCGCACAGCACCAUGAUGCCAUCAGUGGUACUGCCAAACAGCAUACAACAGAUGACUACUCAAAACGGCUUGCUAUAGGAGUCACUGAGGCUGAAGCUGUUGUAUCUUCUGCUCUCUCAUGCCUAACUAAGAAAAAUCCUGGAGAUAAAUGUGAAGAACCUGCAUCAACAUUUAGCCAGUGCCAAUUGGUCAACAUCAGUUACUGUCCACCAACAGAAAACGAUAUUCCAGAAGGGAAGAGUCUGGUGGUGGUGGCAUAUAAUCCUCUUGCAUGGGAUCGUACUGAAAUUGUUAGAAUUCCGGUUAAUUAUGCAGAUCUUGUUGUCCAAGAUUCAUCUGGCAAUAACAUUGAGACACAAUAUUUAGCUUUGGAUAAUGUUACAAGAAAUGUAAGGGAAUUCUAUACAAAGGCUUACUUGGGACUGUCAUCAGAUACAGUUCCAAAGUAUUGGCUACUCUUUCAAGUAUCUGUACCACCACUAGGUUGGAAUACUUACUUUGUUUCUAAAGGAGCUGGGAAAGGACAACACAGAGUUGGAAUUAUAUCGGCAACAAGUCCACAAAAUGAGACAACUGAAAUUGGAAAUGGAAAUCUGAAAAUGUCCUUUUCUACAAGUUCUGGCCAACUGCAACGGAUGUACAAUUCUAGAACAGGAGUUGAUGUACCGGUGCAGCAGAGCUACCUCUGGUAUGGUUCGAGCACUGGUGAUGCUGAUCCCCAGGCUUCUGGUGCAUAUAUUUUCCGGCCUAAUGGGGCACCUCCAACUGUUGUUUCACGAUCAGUGCCCUUGAAGGUCACUCGUGGACCCCUAGUUGAUGAGAUUCACCAACAGUUUAAUGAGUGGAUCUACCAGGUCACCAGACUUUACAAAGACAAGGAGCAUGCUGAAAUCGAAUUCACAAUCGGACCAAUUCCCGUGGAUGAUAGUGUUGGAAAAGAGGUCAUUACUCGGAUGACAGCAAAUAUGGUCACAGACAAGGUGUUUUAUACUGAUUCUAAUGGGAGAGACUUUCUAAAGCGGGUUCGUGACUUCAGGGAAGAUUGGAGCCUUACAGUUACUCAACCUGUAGCAGGAAACUUCUAUCCAAUUAACCUUGGGAUUUAUAUUACGGAUAAGGAAUCUGAAUUCAAUGUCUUGGUUGAUCGUGCCACUGGAGGAUCCAGUAUCAAAGAUGGAGAAGUAGAAUUGAUGCUUCACAGGCGGAUCAUCGAGGAUGAUUCCAGAGGAGUAGGUGAAGCCCUUGAUGAAAGCGUGUGCGUAGGAAGUGCAUGCCAGGGACUGACGAUUCGAGGGAAUUACUAUCUCAGCAUCAACAAGAUAGGGGAGGGUGCACGUUGGCGUCGGACGACUGGCCAAGAAGUUUACUCACCUCUUCUUUUAGCAUUCACGCAUGAGAAAAUGGAGACCUGGACGGCAUCUCAUUUAACAAAAGCAACUGCCAUGGAUCCAGGGUACAGCUUGCCGCUCAAUGUUGCUUUAAUUACUCUUCAGGAACUGGAUGAUGGAAGUGUCCUCCUCCGUUUAGCACAUCUGUAUGAGGAUGGUGAAGAUGCUACGCAUUCAGCUCUAGCAAAAGUUGAACUAAAGAAGAUGUUCAAUGGAAGAACGAUAAAGGAAGUGAAAGAAAUGAGCUUAACAACAAACCAAGUCAAGUCAGAGAUGAAGAAGUUGUCAUGGAAGGUGGAAGGGGACGAUGGGAAAGAACCCUCCCCUGUCAGAGGAGGCCCUGUCGAUAAUUCCACACUUGUCGUCGAGCUUGGUCCCAUGGAGAUCCGCACUUUCACGUUGAAAUUUUAAUCACCCUGGUUUCACACCUUCAAGUCAUUUUUGAACAAACCCAAGCAAAUAAUGUAAUUCCCAUGAAAUGCUUCUUAAAAGCAUUUGGUAAUAGGCAGGACAUACAAUAAGUAGGCUAAUUUUCCAUUAACUCCAAUAAGCAUUUCAGUAAAAAAAAAAAAAAAAAAGCCCAAGUCCAAUAAUGUAAGCAACCCUAUUAAAUACAAUAAAGAUGUUUUAUAU